GUUAGACUCCGCCCCCUCUUCCAAUUCGGCAACAUGGCCGCUGCGAGGAAACACAAACGUGUGGCGGCAUCGCAGCCGGGCUUUUUACCUAUAAAAUCAGGUCUUGAUGAUGAUGGAAUUGCAAACCUCGGGCGUCGAAAGCGUGUCAACAAAAAUAAGAAAAAGAACUGGAACAAGCACAGCGACAUUCAGGAUGUCGAGGAGUUUUUGGAGGACGUGAGACUCCAACAAAGAGCGACAGGAGGUCUGAUUGCAGACAAACCAGAUGAAAGUCUCUUCUUUGUGGACACAGGAGCGAAGAAAAGUGUCCCAAAGCCAGAAGCCGUGAAGAAGGAUAAACGCUCGAAGCCACUCCGGAUAGAUCUGAUCCUUCAGCCGGAUUCCCAUGUUCCUGCACCUAAAGAUAUCUUGGCGUACCAGCGUCCCAAUGCCAAGAAGCUGCGUCGCAUGACCGAGAGGGCCGAGAAAAUGGCUGCCAUGGGUAUGCUGACACGCCGUCAGAAGCUCCUGCAGCUACGCAAGACAGUGCAACCGCAAGUGAAAGAGAAACCGCUAAGCAGCAAGGAUCCAGCGAGAAGCUUCUACGAUCUGUGGAGUGCAGGCAGCCCUGACUCAGCAGAUCCCUACUACCUCGAGCAGACCAAGAAGAAGCUGGUUAAGAGACCAGAGAAGCUGAACGAGAAGCCAUCCAUCCUUCCUGCUGUUGAAGUCAUCGGCCCUGGAGGCUCAUACAAUCCUGAUUUCCUUUCUCACCAGACAUUGCUGCUGGAGGCCCAUGAGGUUGAGGUGAAGAAGGUGAAGGCUGAAGAGAAGCUAGAAAGAAAGCUGGCAAUAAAUAGGAUGGACAUCGCCACUGAGGAGAGCAUCUUUAAUGAGCAGAUCGAAGGUCUGAUUGAGGAAGAUGAGGGCGAGGAAAUGAAAGAAGCGGAGGAUUCCAAAGACGCGGCCAUCGGGCCUACAGCACAGCCGGAGAAAAAAACAGAGAGACAGAGGAAGAGGGAGAAAGCAGAGAGGAUAAAGGAACUGCGGAGAAAGGCACAGAGGAAGAUGCUUAACAGCCGACAGCAGCUUUUCCAGCUGCGCUCCAUUGGUGUAGAUCUGAAGCAGAGGGAGCUGAGGACCAAGGCCAGACAGAUGAAGCGUAAAGCAAAACAGGAGGCACAGAAAACACUGCCUCGCCGCCUGGGCAAGCUAAGGUUCCAGGCUCCUGAUCUGGAAGUACAGUUAAGCGAUGAACUCGCAGGCUCUCUCCGCACACUAAAGCCAGAGGGCAGCAUACUAAAGGAUCGCUUUAAGAGCUUACAGAAGAGGAACCUGAUCGAACCCAGAGAGAGGGCCAAGUUCAAGAGGAAACACAAGGUGAAAUAUGUAGAAAAGCGUGCUUUCAGAGAAAUUCAGUGACUGCAGACCCAGUUCUAUUCUGUUAUUAGCGCUGUUGGAGUCAUCCAGUUACGUUGCUCGAUGCUGUCCGGUUAACCUGUAACACAGGCUUAUCUGAUCACCUAAAUACCCCUCUUCCCAGUGUUAUGAGAGAACCUUCAGCAUGAACUGAUCAGUGACGGGUCUCUCAUUCCUCCCAGGUUCACAGAAUUUAAAAAUCAACCAUCAGGUUUCUGAAGAGAAAUGUUGUGGAAACGUAAAGGGAAAGGUUUAAAUUUCCAAGUUCUGCUUUUUCACAAAUUCAGAGUCUACAUGUGUUUCACAGCUGUGAAAACUGACUUUUGCAGCUUUGAUCAUUUUCAGUGAAGGCUGUAGAUUUUCUCUUCCAAGCUUCUGAAUCAAAACAUGAUGAAUAUGGAUAAUAAAGUAAUAUUUAAUACUGUA